UUCACUUUUGCUUUCCUAUCUCUGGCCUUCUGGCUGGCAAGGACAACAAGCCUAACAGGCUGGUCUGAGACAGUGGGGUGAGUCUAAUGUGGGGUGUUGGAGAGCAGCUAGGGCCACGGGAGAAGGGACUGAACAGGUGGGGCGGGCCUCUUCCCUUCCCAUGUGUGGCAUCCUAGGAUUCGGAUGGCAGAAGUGGAGGCAGGGACAGCCUUGGAGCUCCGGGGAUUGCCCCCUGAAGUGUCAGAUGAGCUGCUAACCCUCUACUUUGAGAACCGCCGUUGCUCCAGUGGAGGGCCUCUGUUGAGCUGGCAGAGACUUGGCUGUGGGGGGAUCCUAGUCUUUCAAGAUCCUGCAGAUGCCAAGAGGGUCUUAACCCAGGCAGAACACCAACUACAUGGCACCCGGCUGAGCCUGAGGCCAGCCCCACCACGCGCACCUGACCGUGUGCUUCUCCAACGACUGCCGCCUGGCACUUCACCUCUCAGCCUCGAGCAACAUGUCCAGGCCCUUCUGUGUGCUGCGGGCCACCCAGCGCAGGCUUGCCAUGCCCUGGCCAGUCCUCGGCAGGACCGUGCCCUGGUCCAGUUAUCCAUGCCCCUUUCUGAGGCAGAGGUCUCUGCCCUGGAGGAGCAGGCCCAGAAUCUGCCCCUGAAUGGGGCCACGGUGUCCUUGGCCUGGGUGCCGCAGACCCAAGCAGUACGUGUGGUGGACAGUGCUGCCCCGGUGGACCCGUUGUUGCUGGAGCUCUAUCUGGAAAAUGAGCGUCGCAGUGGUGGGGGCCCCUUGGAGGGUCUGCGCAGCCUACCUGGGCAACUGGGCACCGUUAUCUCCUUUCAUCGAUGGCAGGUGGCUGAGCGGGUGCUGAAGCAGAAACACUGGCUGCAGGGCUCUGAGUUGAGCCUUGUUCCCCACUAUGAUGUCUUAGAGCCAGAGGAGCUUGCCAAGGGCAUCCGUGGAGGGGAUCACCCAAACAUACAGGAAUCUGGAAUCAUCGAACAUUCUCUUACAGGGGCUAGCGGGCUGGCAGAGGCCCUGACUGUGACUGUGGGCUCUGAGGAGGCAUCAGGACAGUUAGGAACCUCCCUAAGGACAGGUCCUGUAGGAGCUCUGGGACAAGCCACGCCAAGUGACUCAGGGCCUGUGAGGAUUAUGGGGUCUGCAAGCCCAGUAGGUUCAGUAGAAAGUUUCACAGGGCUUCCAGGGCGAGUAGGACCCGUGGCCUCAGACUCAAUGGGAAUUCAGGGGCAGGAGAGCCUAGGGGAAGUUGCCGCAAGCUCACCAGGGCAGGAGGGACUGUUGGGUCUAACGGGGAUGGCUGUAGAGCCUCCAGAGUCGGGGCUGGAGAGCCCUGGGUCUGGAGAGCUGCAGAGGCAAGAGAGCCUGGUGGAGGCAGUGAUGUCGAUGGAGCCAGGGGCCAUGCGUUUCCUGCAGCUUUAUCACGAGGACCUCCUUGCCAGCCUGGAAGAUGUUGCCCUUUUCCCACUUGAAGGAGUAGAUGUGACUGGCUUUCGGCUUUAUGGGGCCAGGGUCCCAUGCCAGGCAGCCCAAGAGUUGCUGCAGAGUCUGCUGGGUAGCAUUAGCUGCCACGUGCUGAGCAUGAAGCACCCUGGCAGCACCAGGUUCCUGCUGGGUAUGGAGGGGCAGCACCUUCUUCACAGACUGGAGGCUCAGUUCCAGUGUGUCUUUGGGACGGAACAUCUGGCCAGCGCCACCACGGACAUAGACCCUGAAAGGAUGGAUCCCACUGAGGCCCUCCAAGUCCUCCGUGGCCACAGUACAGAUAGCGAUCAGAACAUGAGUCUGGAGGAUGUCCAAGAGCUGCUGGCUACCCUGGAGGGCCUACACGGGGAGGACAGGCUGCCUCUGGAGACAGGGAAGGAGACCCCUGGAGAGCAGAUAGAGGAGCCCACCAUGGAACAGGAGGAAGACAACCCCACUGGGGAGGACUCUCUGGCCCUCAGCACCGGGGCACCUGGUCGGUUAGAAGAAGAGGCCACGCUGCAGCUGGCCAUCCACCGAUCCUUGGAGUCCCAAAGCCAGGUGGCUGAUCAGCAGGAGGCCACUGCACUGAGGCGAGCCCUGGCCCUCUCCCUGUUAGAAGCAGAAGAGCCCCUGGGGGAGGAUACUGAGGGCAGGGCCCAGCUGGUGGUGCACACAUCCUUUGAGCAGGAUAUAGAGGAAUUGAACCGGGCGUUAUUGACUGCCUUGGAGGUACACCUUCGGGAGGAGACAGUGAGCCUCCAAGGUUGUAUGCUGCCCUCGGAGCUUGGGGCUCGCCUGGAGAGGUGCCAUGAUGUGAAGGUUACCCUGCAUGGUGAUCAGGCUGUCCUCCGUGGCUUUGGGGUCCAGCCUGCCCGUGCUGCUCGCCACUUAGCUGCUCUGCUUGUUGGCCCCUGGGACCAGAAUUUGACCUUCCCUUCGGAGGCCGCCAAAAACAACUUGUCAGGGCAGAGGCUAAAAGAACCCUUGGGCAGGCUGGAGGCCCUGGAAGAAAAUUCCAAGGAGUUCCAGGAUGUGGUACAGGCCUUUUACAAUACCCUGGACGCUGCCCAGAACAGGAUCUGCAUUGUUCGAGUGGACCGAGUAUCCCACCCGCUACUGCAACAACAGUACCAGCUGCACCGGGAACGCCUGGUGCAGUGCUGCCAGCAGCGCCCGGUGGAGCAAGUCCUCUACCACGGCACAUCAGAGUCUGCUGUGCUUGACAUCUGCACACACGGCUUCAACCGCAGCUUCUGUGGCAGAAUCGGCACACUCUACGGACAGGGCGUGUACUUUGCCAAGCGAGCCUCUCUGUCGGUACUGGAUCGCUACUCGCCUCCCAACGCAGAAGGCCACAAGGCAGUGUUUGUGGCACAGGUGCUGACCGGUGACUAUGGACAGGGCUCGAAAGGUCUGAAGGCGCCUCCUUUGAGGGCUACCGGUCAGGUCCUUCGCUAUGACAGCGCAGUGGACUGCCUCCACCAGCCCAAAAUCUUUGUUAUCUUUCACGACACCCAAGCUCUGCCCACCUAUCUAAUAACCUGCAAGAAGAUAUACCGGGGUACACUCUGAUAGCUCCCUUGGUGUCUUGGAUCUUUUUCCUGGACAUUUGACCUCAAGAGGCCAGCUUCUGGUUCCCUGCUCUACAAAGUCCCUAAGCGUCAGAGCUGC